AUGGGAAAUACUAUGGUUUUAGAAAAUGAGGACUACAUAUCAUCUAAUAUAAGUUUAUUAAAGGAUAACCUUAAGUACAUUAGCUCUAAGAGACAUCAAUAUUUUGGAUAGAUUCAAAUAUGGAAGAACAAAGCAAAUCCUUAAGAAUGGAUAUUUUCAAAAGUACAUAGUGAUUAAGCAAAAUAGAUUACUUAGAUUGAUAUUGAUUAAAAUAUUAUUAAUACUUAACAUAUAGAAAGGAAGUCAAUGAAACACGAAAAUUUAUUAAAAUAUUAUGGUUGUACCAUUAAAGAAUAAACAUUUUAAGGAACAAUUAAAGAGUAUAGAGUUUAUUAUGAAUUUUAAUUAAUCACUUUAUCGAAGGUUCUUUAAGAUUAUAAAUAGAAUGGUUAAUACGUUGCCGAGUCAUUUAUAUGGAAAUUAAUUACAUAAAUCUCAAAUGUUUUUGGUUAUCUAGAGUGUUAGAAUAAGUACCACUAAAAUAUCACCUUGGAUAGCCUCUUUUUUGAUAAAGAGAAAAAUCUAAAAAUUUUGUAUCAUGGUGCUUUACCAAACAUACUAUCAACAUAUGCUUAAACAUUAGGAAAUUAUAAUUCAAAUAUUUCUUUAACUCCUUAACAGAUGAAGGAUUACUAAAACCAUCUAGCUUGUCUAUAAAUAAAUCCUUUCAAGUAGGAUUCAUAUUAAUUUGGAAUUGUUUUAGUAUCGAUAAUGAGUGGCAAAGAUGUCGCAAAGUGCACAGAUUUUUAUAAAGAAGUAAUACAUUAUUAGUAAAUAUUAAAUUUUUUGGGUUCAGCAUUUCAUUAUUAUUCCUAAAAUUUGAUUAAUUUAGUAGUCAGCUUAUUAUAAUAUGAUGAUUUAUCAAGACCCAAUAUUUCCGAAUUAUUAAAAGCAAAAAUUUAUAAGAAACUUCCAUUCUUAAACUAAAAAUAGCUCAAGAAAUAUAAAUAGCCUGAAAAAAAUACUCUGAAAAGGAUGGAUUCAAAAAUAUCUUAUUCCUUCUAAACGGAGAGAACUGAUAGUUUAAAUAAUAUUCUGACUGAACAUAAUAAGCUGACUCGUUCGAUAACAAAUACCACAAUAAUCUAUUCUUCGCCAGUAAAAUUUUCAUCAAGAACUUCAACUGCAUAUCCUAAAAAAUAUUCAUUAGUAGAUGGGUAUUUUACUCCUAAUACAAAAUAAUCAAGAACCAUUUCAUAUAGAUUUUUUACAAGUAAUAAAAAGAUUUAAUCGCCUUAUAUACAAUGA